AUGUCAUCCAGAUUGUCCUUAUUCUUGCGUCUAGAGAAAAGUUCUUGUUUUAAACUGAAACUCAUGGUCUUUAUUUUGGGCGCCUACCCAUGUGGCAGUACGUAUGAUUAUGAUUUUCAGGUUUACAAAGAUAUUGCUUCACAUAGUUAUGGACAUGUUUUUCAAAAUGUUUACUCAAGCACCAAAGUAGCAGAUUUCCUUAACUUCUUCCUCCAGAUUCCAGUUAACAGCACAACACAAUUGUUAUCCAUUGAUCAAGACAUUUACUAUUAUGCUACUUUUAAUUUCUUAGUAUCGGUUGAUUUUACUUCACUAAUAGUAUCCACAUCUUGUUCAAGCUGUUCAUUCACCAUUUACACACCUUCUGGUGGCCAGGCAGAUGGCAAUAAUAUCUUGUCAGAAUCCUGGGGUUCAUUGUCGUAUGUGGAAAAUCCUAGCAUUGGGCUCUGGACAAUCAAUGUAAAUGCAGGAGGUUCUUUUUCUUUACGUGUUCUGGGAUUUAAAGAUAACAACAACACAUCAAAUGGCAUCACAUCAUACAUUUGCUCAAGAUGUGACGCCAAUGCUUCCUGUAGAAAAAACCUACUUUCCCAUACAUGUGUCUGUAAUGAGGGCUUCAGUGGCGAUGGACAUGUAUGUUAUGAUAUUAAUGAAUGUGACUACUACUACUACUACUACUGGCUAAACGUCUGCAGCUAUGGUUAUUGCAUCAAUACUUAUGGCUCAUACAACUGUGUCUGUCCCUCUGGCUUUAUAUCAGAAAAUAAAACAUGUGUUGACGUAGAUGAGUGUUCAAGACCAGGACUGAACGGCUGCCAUGUGUUAGCCACUUGUUAUAAUUACUACGGAUCCUAUUCAUGCUCUUGCCCAGCUGGAUACUUUGGAGAUGGAUAUAACUGUGAGUUAGAUGAAUGCACCAGAGAUGUAUGUGGGUUUGCUAGAGAAUGCAUUAAAACCACUGGGUUCCAUUCCUGCCUUGAUCCGUGCUACAGCUCUACUACACUGAAUGAGCCUUCCAGGAGCACAUCCUAUCAUUACUACUUCUUUGCUUACUACUAUUAUGGCUAUUAUGGACGAUCAGACUAUUUUCUUAAUGGAUGGCACCGUUUUGAGGGCAGUGGAGGAAUCCGUAUGCCAGAGUCCUGUCCCUCUCCAAAUAGUUGCUACACAUGGAGCCCCAUAUGGUUAAAUGAAACACAUCCUGAUCAAACUGAUGGAAUUGUAAAUCGAAUAGCUUGUGUUAUGUCUGGCGGUGAUUGCUGUUAUUGGACGACAAAUGUACAGAUUAAAGCUUGUCCAGGAAACUAUCAUGUAUAUAAGUUCAGUGGAACUCCAACAUAUUAUGCCGGCUAUUGUACAGAUCCAGCCACAGUUCCAGAGUUUUGCUCAUGUACUGAUGAUGAAGAAUGCAAGCUUGUUGGUGGACGAUACGGUUGCUACUGCAAACAUACUGAUGAUAUAUCUGCCUUGCAAGACUUGCGUCCUGAGCUGACAUGUGGUAAUCAGGAAAUAAAAGCUACUUUCCUGCAGUGUCACCUGGAAAAGUUCAAAUUGAACACCAAAAAUGUACACCUGAGAGACAGUAGCUGUACAGGAUUUUCAGAUUUUAACAGAACAAAAAUCAUAGCUGUGUUAUCCGUCUUGAAAAAUGGAGUGUGUGGGAAUGAGUUGGUGAACAACAAAACACACAUUAUCUACAAAAACACAAUUUAUCUAUCUAUGGACUCAUCGCUUGGCGGAGAGGAUAUUGUCAGUAUAGAUUAUUCUUGUGUAUACCCUCUGGACAUACAGCUCUCUCUUGCAACAGCUCUUCAGCCCUUUUCAAGCUCAGUUGAUGUUAGUGUGGAAGGCACAGGACAGCUAUUGGCAACUAUUGCCCUCUACAAAGACUCAAGCUACAAGGCACCCUAUGAGGGUACACAGGUCCUACUGACACCUAAAACCACUUUGUAUAUUGGAAUCCUUCUAAAAUCAGCUGAUAAUGCUUAUUAUUCUGUACUGAUGAAAAACUGCUAUGCCACACCUUCGAAAGACUCAUCUACCUCUGCAAAAUACUAUUUGAUAAGAAAUAGCUGCCCCAGCAAACAGGACUCCACUAUUAAUGUGAUUGAAAAUGGAAACUCUCAGAAUGGACGCUUUUCAGUUCAGCUCUUUCAAUAUGUCAAGGAUUUAAAUGUCGUCUAUUUACACUGUGACAUUCAUAUUUGUUAUAAGACCAAUGAGACCUGCAAACCUGUGAGUACAAGCCACAUCAAACAAAUGUACUGUUACAGUGUACCAACAAUGUAG